CGGCAAUUAGAGGAACAUUGGAGAGAAAGGUUACGCAAUGCAGAGGAAAAGAAUGCCAAUUUAGCUCAAAUAACAUCAGAGCAGUUUAACCAGGCUGCAGAAAACGUGGAAGCAAAAUUUAUGAAGGAAAGGUUUGUGCCAAUUUGUGAAAAGCUACAGCAAGCAGUUUUAGAUUGUUAUCAAGCAAACCCUAAGCAAGUUCUUAAGUGUUCCGAAGAAGUGAAAGCAUUUAAUGCAUGUGUGCAACACACACAAAAUAGUAUUUUGACAAGGAAAGAAAUGUCACCUUCAACUUAACCAAUUGUCCCAUUGAUUCUAGAGAGGAUAUCCGGUGUUAUAAAGCUAUGAAGUGUUGCUGAUGUACUACAUAUUUUAUAAGAUUAAUGGUUUUUAAGUAAUCUACACUGAAGUUUUGAAACAAUUUGGCACUAAAGUUUUGAUUUUGCUACAGGAUGAAUAAAACAUAA